UCAUCAUCAGUCUAUGCUCCGGACCACCACCACCACCACCUCUCAUCAUCACCGUCCUCCGAGCAGCUCUGUUACGUCCAUUGCCGCUAUUGUGACACUGUACUUGUGGUGAGCGUGCCGUGCACGAGCCUUUUCAAGACUGUUACGGUGAGAUGCGGGCACUGUACCAAUCUUCUCUCGGUCAACAUGCGUGGCCUUCUCCUCCCUUCACCGGCCAAUCAGCUUCAUCUCGGCCACUCGUUUUUGAACCCUCAAAACCUUAUGGAGGAGAUGAAUAGGAGCUCGCCGGCAAACUUGGUGAUGAACCAGGGGAAUCCAAACGAGCCCUUCUUUCCCAUCCGAGAAAUCGACGAGCUUCCCAAGGCUCCGGCUAAACGACCCCCAGAAAAAAGACAGCGUGUGCCCUCUGCUUACAAUCGCUUUAUCAAGGACGAGAUCCAACGUAUAAAAGCUGGAAACCCUGAUAUCAGUCACAGGGAGGCCUUUAGUGCUGCUGCAAAGAAUUGGGCCCACUUCCCACACAUUCACUUUGGACUCAUGCCUGAUCAGCCCGUGAAGAAACCAAAUGUCUGUCAACAGGAAGGAGAUGAUCAUGUUAUGAUGAAAGAUGGGUUUCUUGCUCCAGCCAAUAUGGGUCUUUCUCCCUACUAAGCAUGUAAUUGCAAUUGUGUUUUCUUAAAUAAAUUGUGUUUAAAGUUAAUUAAUGUGCCUGUCUUUCAUCUCAGUUUACUUAUUAGGGUCUUAAAAAUUUUAUAAUCAUGUUGUAAACUUGGACCUGCUGGAAAGUCUAUCUUGGUUAACGAUUUCCGGAUUUUAUUGUAUUAGCUUCGUAUGAUUAUGAUGGGUGAG